AUGGCGGGGAAAGAACAAGAACUUGAAUUCACAUGUCUGGCAAGGUGGAAAGAUGGAGACGAUUUUGCAACUGUUGGAAUUGUUGAAGAAAUAAUGUUGCAACAACAAAAUUCCCAACAGCAACAACAAAAGUUCUUUCAACAAUCCUUCUACCUACUUAAAAUGAAGAGGACAGAUUCAAUAAUCUUCGCCUCAUUAGCACCGACAUCCCUGCGAUUCCCACCUGCCACUAACCAUCAGGUCCAUGUCGACAUGGAACUGACGGAAGCCGAAUCAAUACUCAUAGAACAAGGACAUCCGAUGGUAAAUAUUCAACAACGGGCAAUUGGAAUCCUUCCUACUGAUAAAUUUUAG